AUGGCUCAUUCCCCGUCUGCUUCCUCUGUGCCGUCUCUCUCUCAUGGCGGUAGCUCCGAAUGCAGUCUAGGUGACGAUUCCCACACCGGUUCUGUGAAAGACAACCUGCAAUGCCUACUUGACCUGUACUCGCCUGCGCUCGGCAACAAGACACCGUCUGGUUCGGACGCUCUUGUAGGAAUAUUCGCCGAUGUAAAUCUGCGCCAACUUGCCAUCAAGUACGAUCCACCGGAACUUGGUGUUAAUCCUGCAGAUAUCAUGGGGGAGGAUACGUGCGUCAAGUCCGAGACUGAGACUGAUGGCAGUCCACAUUUGUGCUAUCCGUCAUUCUCUCCGCCGGAGCGCGAUAUGCGAAUCGAAGACGCGAAGCCUGACGAUGCAGCGUUCCCAGACGACGCUAUCAAUGUGAUUGUGUCAGUUCUGUCGGCCUCGAAGCGUGAGCAGGAUCUGCAAGAAGCGCGACUUUCGGCGCAAUCAGCCUCGUGUCCUCCUUGGCCCACGAUCCCAUACAGCGGAAAUGCGUCUGCAACCCCCGCGAUAUUCUCUCAUUUAGCUGCGCCCAUGGCGACACAACACUGGUCCUUCCCCUCACCAGCUCGCAUGGCCCCACCUGACAGGUCGUCUCUCGCCCCGAUAUUCUCUCCACAGGCAACACCGUUUGUUCCUCUGUCGCAGGCAGUAGAUCGUGUUAUCAAGCCUCAAAGCCCCAUCCUGAACGCUCAUAUGGGUGUAGAUUUGCAGCUUCUGCGGCGCCGUGCUGACGACUUCCGCCGCACCAACCCUGGCAUAGACAUUGACAAGACUUGGCUACAGGAGUAUGCUGGUCGACUCUCCGAACGCGGUGAACUGAUCGAAGAUUACCGCUGCUACGUUGUCGGAUGCACGCAAAGAAACAAGAGAAAGGAUCACAUUCUGGUGCAUAUUGGAUCUCACGUUGAACACAGGCCCUUCCAAUGUAAUCACUGCGGAAUGAGGUUCUUACGAAAGAACGAAUGCAAGCGGCACGAAUCAAGUCACGGUGGUCGCAAGCCUUUCCAGUGCUCAAUCUGUGCCCCUGUGCAGGAUAAGAGCUUCGUCCGCCAAGAUCUACUCAAGAGACACAUGCGCGUUGCUCAUGGGGUGCAAACAGAGUCUGCGGCGGAUAGACGCAAGAGAGCAAAGUUAGCCGAAGAUGGCGAAUUCUGGCCGUGA